GCGCAAUGCGGGUCCCUACCGGAAGUGGCGCGCGGGCCCCCCAGGCAGACGGCAAACGGAACCGGCAACGGCUGAGUGGUGGGGGGGGGGGGGGGUGUGCGCGCGCGCGGGGCCAUGGAAGAGAGCGCGAAGCCAGGGCUGCGCAUCCGCGAGGGGGACUGCGCCGUGCUCAAGCGGGACGAGGUCUUCAAGGCGGUGCUCGUGCUGAGGCGGAGUGUUGCAAAGUAGAGAAGAAGCCCUCUCUCUGUCCCCUAUCCUGCCAUAGACGCUCCUGGCUGCAGCAAAGAAAAGUUAUUUUCGAAAAGCAGUGGUUCUAUCUGGAUAAUGCCAUUGGACAUAUUUAUGGAACGACAUUUGAGGUAUCUAGUGGUGGGAGCCUUCAGCCAAAGAAAAAGAUGGAAGAGACUACCACAGAAACAAAAGAAGCAGGUACAGAUAAUCGUAACAUAGUUGAUGAUGGAAAGUCUCAGAAACUGACUCAUGAUGACAUAAAGGCUUUGAAGGACAAGGGUAUUAAAGGACAGGAAAUAGUUCAACAAUUAAUAGAGAACAGUACGACGUUUCGAGGCAAAACAGAAUUUGCCCAAGAUAAGUACAUAAAGAAGAAGAAGAAAAAAUAUGAGGCAGUUAUUACAAUUGUAAAGCCAUCUACCCGCAUUCUUUCAACAAUGUACUAUGCAAGGGAACCUGGGAAAAUCAACCAUUUGCGAUAUGAUACUCUAGCUCAAAUGUUGACUUUGGGAAAUAUCCGAGCUGGCAACAAAAUGAUUGUGAUGGAAACUUGUGCGGGCUUGGUUCUGGGUGCCAUAAUGGAGCGAAUGGGAGGUUAUGGAUCCGUUAUUCAAAUGUAUCCAGGAGGGGGACCUGUUAGAGCAGCCACAAGUUGUUUUGGAUUUCCAGAAUCUUUUUUCAACACUCUUUAUGAAUUCCCUCUCAGCAAAGUGAACAGUCUUGUCUCUGGAACAUUUUCUUCUGAGACUUUGCCUUCAGAACCUGAAUAUAAUGUUCCAGUAGAAGAAGAAAGCAAUGGGUCGCUCGAUGAGAAGCAGACUUUGAUACAGGAAACAGAAGAGGAAUCCAGUACUGAAGCAGUUAUGGAGAGCAAUGAAACAGAAGAGCAAGAAACAAUGGACCUUGCUGCUGAAGAUACAGAAUAUAAAGAGAGCAAAGAAAAAGGAAAUAAAGAAAAUAUUCGGGAAAAACAAAGAAAACAACAAGAAAGGAGGAGAAAACUAGUGGAAACUGCUGCUUUGUUGGAAGAGAAAAAUGCUGAUGGCUUAAUUGUAGCCAGCAGAUUCCAUCCAACUCCUUUGUUACUUUCUUUACUGGAAUUUGUUGCUCCAUCCAGACCUUUUGUUGUUUAUUGCCAGUAUAAAGAGCCAUUAUUAGAAUGUUACACAAAGCUGAGAGAAAAAGGUGGUGUUAUUAACCUCAAGCUCUCUGAAACCUGGCUACGAAAUUAUCAGGUCUUGCCAGAUCGCAGCCAUCCAAAACUGAUGAUGAGUGGAGGUGGGGGAUACAUUCUGUCAGGUAUCACUGUCACCGUGGAGAAGGUCCAAUCCGAUGCCAGCAGUUUAGAAGCACAGAAAAAUGAAGAGCCAGCAUCUAAAAAGCGCAAACUUCAAGAGCUUAAUUGUUAACAUCUGAAGAAUUGAUGUACUUUUAGUUCUCAGGAGUCUUACAGUUAGUAAUGUAACUAAUGUCCUUUCCGUGCUCUUGACAGCAAAGCGAAAUAUACCUGUUACGCACCUACCAACAAAAGCAGAGUUGUACUGUAGAGAAGAUUUUGUCCAUUUCCUCUGGUAACAACAUGACAGGAAGGAGGAGAGUAAUUUUAGGGGCAACAUUGUGUCAGAACAUCUUUGUUGACAUAAUGAAGCAACAGACACGUUAACAAUUCAGUAACUUCAGAAACAUUUUCUGAUGAUCACAUUGAGAGAAACUAUUGGGUGAUAUUCAUGGAUUAAUCAAACCAUCUUAUUUGGUUGUUGCAGAAAUGAAUGAGACUCUGAAGUCCUUUACAGAGGUACGGUUUGAAUUAACAUACCUAAUUUAGCUUCUUGUUUUACAGCCACAGCAGAUUAAAAUAUUUUGUACAGUAAUCUGCUUCCUUUCUCAAAUGCAGAACCCUGCCAUUUUAAGUGAUUAUUUUUUAACCAAGCAGAAAGAAUGCAGCAAAAUCAUGCACUUUUAUUUGUAACGGGAAAAUUAAAAGAAAGAGAAGGAUAUUGAAACCAAAUCGUCACAUCUAGGCCUCUUGUUCCUGAAAGGAAGAAAUGCAGAACAUCAGGUGUAUGUUUGUAAAUUAAAAUACCAAAUGUUUCUAUUAGUAUUGCAUAUUUUCUUUUUUUGAAAGCUGGAUUUGUAUUGGUUUUUUAUUUUUUUUUAAUGUGACAAAUUUGAAAAUUUCCAUAUUUAUUUUACUGUUUUGUCUGUUUUGUAUUAUGUGUCUAGAAUUUUUGUUAAUUUGCAAAACACUUCACAUUUGCCAUUUCAAUUAAACUCUCAAGAAUUUUCUUCUAAAAAGAAA